AUGUCUUCAUGGCGCCAUUGGCAACAUCGAUAUCCACUGGUGAAGCAGAUGGCCGUGGACGGUUUCGCUUCCUUCCACUAUAUCAACGGUCCUGUUGCUGUGUCUCCUCCGACAGGGUUCGCGGAGUAUUUUGGUAUCGGGCCGCAUUAUCGGUGGUUGGAGGAUGGAGGAGUAGCAGAGGGCUCAAUGAUCUCUCGUGUUCGAAAGUCUCCGCAAGGGUCGUGUCCCGAAGACGCAAUGAGAGCCUUGGGCAAGGACUGGGAUGGCCAUUGGAACAAUCACCGUCAAGUCAUGGAGUACCUUUAUGAUACACUGGAGAAGAAUCCCGAUAUCGAAGGGAUCCUCGGAUACAGUGAGGGUGCUACGAUGGCUGCGAGUCUAAUCCUGGAUGAGCACAGAAAGGCUCAGAAAUUCGGGCGUCCUCGUCGCAUCAAAUGCGCGGUUUUCUUUACCGGCUGGCCUCCUCUCUCCCCUGAGGAUGACAUGGUCCUGGCAGAUGAGAGCGACUAUACUGUGGACAUUCCCACACUUCAUGUGGUUGGUGCAGAUGACCCCUACCGAUACGGUGCACUAGCCUUAUUCAACAUUUGUGACCCUGAUACCGCAGCGAUGUUCGACACUGGACGGGGUCACAUCAUUCCUCGGUCCGGUCCGGUCAUCACGGAGUUGGGGAAUGCCGUGCGAGACUUAGUCGACAGAGCGUAUCAAGCGUAG